ACAUCACACACUGCCAAGCUGUAAUCUUCUUGCACUAAGAAAGCGCUCUCACAUGACAGCCGUGGUUACCAAGACAGGAAGUCAGCAUUUUCAUGUGGGAGAAGAUAUGAAAUUAUAAAAAAAUGGAGGAGUGUACUACAGCGUCACACUGCUGAAGGAAACAAAAGGAGGAGAACUCAGACUCAAGUGAAAGAGAAUGAGUACAGUUUGAUAGAGAGAUAAGCAGGUGUCAAAAACAUUUGAAACUCCACAAAUCAGUAUGCGUUACUUUAUCCUCAAGACUUGGAUAAAGUUGGUCUAAAUCUAAAUUGAUAGUACGGAAAAAGAAUACAUUACAUUUCAGAAUUGCUUUUGAAAAUGGUACUUUGAAAAUACUUUUACUUCAAGUGCAUUGAAGUGUGCAUAACCUGUGAGUAUAGAGAUAAACGACAUUUAAAGGUCAGAGAAGAGAAGUCUGACCGAAGAUUUGUAGCGAUGGCGAAUAGUUGGACUUUGACGGCGAUCGUCCUCCUAAGUAUCUUUAUGGCAAGAAGUCAGACAAGAGGAAAUCAAGACACUGCCUCACAUCAGAAUAAAGAUUCUGCAAUUGAACAACUGACAGUUUUCAAAGAGCAGACCUUUGUUCCAGGCAAUGAUGUGAUUUUACAGUGUGGCAAUGCCACUGAUAUCAAAUGGAAUGAAUUAAUUUAUAUCGUCUGGAACAUCAGCCUCCAAGGCAGAAAAUGUUGGCUUGGUUUCAAUGGUUUGUCACCCAAGCUGGACGACACAUGUAAUGAUGGAAAGAGGCUGUUCAACACCUCACAUGGAGUUUCUAUAGUCAUUCCCAAGAUUUCAAUACAAGAUGAAGGAUUUUAUUCUUGUGAUGUAUCAUAUAAAGCAGGAAGCUAUAUUCUUAACAUGUCUGUAAGCGUUACCAACGUUGCCACCCAGCUGGACAGUGAAAACAGUCAAAGGAUUGCUGUUUGUCAUUCCAUAUUUAAACAGAAAGCACCCACUCUUCAUUGGGAACCUGCCAUAAACUUUUCCUCCAAUACCAGCUCUGUCAAGAAGCAUGGCAUGUUUUCUAUGAUGGAGAAUCGAGUAUAUCUGCCGGCUAAUGCCAACAAUAGUGAGCUCACCUGUGUGGCCACAUACACCUCAGAGUCCGGCUCUGUUCAGCAGAAGAGCACACUUAAUCUCACAACAGGUGUAUCAAACCAAAAGUCUCCAUUUCCAUGGAAAAUUAUGGCCAUAUCAGUUGGUUCUGUUUGUUUUAUUCUUGUAUUUCUGGCCGUGGUUUGCACACUACGCAGAAAGCUCAGCGACUUAAGUGCACUGAAGAUGCUUUGCUGCAAAUCCAAAAUCUCAACACCAGCUGAAGACAAACCACCCCAGCAUACGUCUGUCUGUAUGAAGCCCGUCGAUGUUGAAGAGGUGGAACCCUAUGCAAGUUACAUACAGAGAGUCAACUCCAUCUACAACUCCUCAGCUGAACUCUUCAAUGCCUGAGAGACACUCGCUUUUUAUGAUGAAACAGGAUACCAGAAGAGAGCUGAGAUAAAGAUAUGUCUGUGGUCAAAAUUACACAUGAAAAACGAUACUAGUGGAAAAAUAGUCAUCUCAAGAGAGCAUCCCCGAAGCAAACAGCGCCUGAACAAGGAGCAAAAGUCACACUGACUCAAAAGAUGAAAGGUGAUGACAAAGGAACAUUUCUCUUAGUAUGUGAUGAGGAAUAACUGGGACAACUUCAGCAUCAGCGAUAUCACUAAUAUGUAGAUUUGUAGAAAAGGAGCCUGGUUGCAUAUUAAUCAUCUGAACUAUUCAAAUUUGUACAUAAUUAUUUAUAUCAGAGUGUUAAAAGAAACAAAAAUCAGAUGCAAAUAAUGUUUUCUUUGAUAAAUACUAACCAGGCCAAAUGUAGAGAACAUAUUUUACAUUGCACAUAAUUAAAAGUAUGUAAAUAAACUUUAUUAUUGUA